CAGCUUCUAGGUGGACAAUGUCGACUCGACAUCCUCGUAUACUUUUAAGCACCUCGUAAGUUACGAGGUAACUUCGUACCGCUGCGGUACUACCGCAUCGCAUCUAGUAUAUAGCAGUACAUAGAGAUCAAUGAUGACGAAGUUAAUGGAAUGGUUUCUGUUUGCCACUUUAUUUUUUGGCGUGUGGGUGGCUAUGAUCACAGGAAACAUUAAUUCAUCGGCUGUAGAAUUGCAGCAAGUUAUUCUUUUCCUUCCAUUCAUUGUUUUAUUUUUGUUUAGUUUGUAUGCAGCUAUCAUUGUCUUAUAUAGAGUUUUCACAUUUAACAAUUGCGAAAAUGCAGCUAUCGAACUACAACAACAAAUAAAAGAAGCUAAGAGAGAUCUUCAAAGUAAAGGUGUGGAUUUGAAAGACAAAACAGCUUAAAUAUUUUUACAUUACUUAAAUAAUAAGUAUGUGUUACUAUAUAUAAACAUCCUAUAUAUAUAUAUAUAUAUAUAU